AUCACGGAGUGACAUGGCACCGGAGAUAAGUGGAAUUGUGAUACAAUACUUAAAAUACUUGCCUGAUUUUGAUACCUUACUUUCUUGCAAAAACGAACAGUAUAGAGACACGUGUAUUGCCUACGAAUGUGUGAUAAUACGUGCGCCGAGUUAAUUGAUAAGAGCGUGGAUCUAAAAAUCUAGCCGAUCUAACAGAUCUUAUAAAUUUAAUCGAUACUGAUAAACGUACAGAGUUUAUUCACGAUAGUUCCACCGGUUGUGACUGACCGCAGUUCAGAGAAAUAGAAUAUUCUGUUUCGUUUUCGAUUAAAACUACUUGAAUUGUCAUAAUGACUGACGCUGAACAUGAAAUGAAGGAGAUUGUGCUCCGUGACAUUGAACCAAUUUUAUCCGAGAAGAUCGACAAGGACUUGGUCGUUGAAAGUUUCACCAAUAAAUUGUUGCUACCGCCAGGAGAAAAUUAUGGUAGCACUAUAAUGAAGGUCGUCGUUAAUUUGAAGAACAAGAAGACCGGGAAGGAAGAGGAACUUCAUCUGAUCGCGAAAAUGCCUCCGCCGACGGAAUUCCAAAGAAAAGUCUUCAACAGUCCCCGCACGUUCACGAAGGAGAUCUUCAUGUACGAAUCGAUCAUGCCGGCUUACAAUAAACUGGAACUGGAAUGUGGCUUCAGGAAGAACGAGGUGUUCGAUGUCCUGGCGAAAUUUUACGGAUCUAGACUGUCCCUGCAAGCGGACGGUGAAUUCGACGACAAUGCUGUUAUUCUGAUGGAGAACUUGAAGGUCAAGGGUUACUACAAUGGCGAUAGAACUAAAGGUUACGAUCUAGAGCAUGCAGAACUAGCUGUAAAGGCCUUAGCGAGAUUUCACGCUUUAGGUAUGGCCACGAAGGAGAAGAAGCCCGGUAUGUACGAGAUAUUCAAAAUGUACGCGAAGGCCUUGCAGGCAGAAGGCACUGCGGAAGACAUGUUCAAGGUGGUGUUGAACACGAUUCAACAGGAUCCAGAGAUGAGCCCUCACUACGAACGUUGCGAUAAAAUCCUAUCGGGAUUUACCCUGGAGAAGCUUUGGGCGGAGGAAGUUCGCGAACCGUGGUCGACUAUCAUUCACUCCGACUUCUGGGUGAACAACAUCAUGUUCCAUCGCAGCGAGAAAGGAAAGAUCGACGACGUGAAAUUCGUCGACUUUCAAAUUUAUCUUUGCGCAAGCCCUCUUCGCGAUCUGCUCUUCUUCGUGUACUCGAGCGUGGAGCCUGAUGUUGUAGACGAUCAGGCCGAAAAUCUGUUCGAUCUGUACUACGAGACUAUGAUCAACGUAUUGACGAAAAUGAAAUGUAACACGAACGUGUUUAGCAAAGAAGACUUCAGAGCGAAAUUGGCCGAGGAUGCCAAAAAUGAGUUCGUCCACGUGAGUUUCAUGAUAAAGGUGCUCACACUGGACGUAAAAGACAUCAGCGAUUUCAACGUAGACAAGUUGCAAUCAGUGAUGCUCGAGCAUUGUGGCAACCAACUAUUCGUCGAGCGAUUACGCAAAUUGGUGCUAAAUUUUGUUAAACAUGAUUGGAUAUAAAUUAAUUAUCGCAAAUGAUAAAUACAUUUGCAGGGUGUCCGGAACUCAUAGUUAGACGGCCAAGCUGAGAGAGCUUAAUCUACAUCCAAAAAUGAGAAAUGCUUUGUUAAAGUUAAAAACAAAUAUGAUAUAUGUGACUACUACAACUAUACAUUUCGUAUUAGGCCAGUUUCUACUAGGAGUUCCGAAACAAAAAAUUUACAACAUUUUGAAAUGUAUCUUCUUGCGGUGGCUUCUCAUAAUCAUACCCAUUCUUUGCAUCCAAUAUCUAUUUGUAACUCUGUAACAAAGCGUUUCCUGACAAACUUUGUAUAACAUCUCUUCCUUCUUUUUAGAUGUUAAUUAACCCGCUACAGUUUAGCUAUCUACGUUUAAGACAUCCUGUAUCUCAGUCUGUAUAAUUUGCACUAAUUCGUAGUAUCUAUAAACAAUCAUGAUAAUUGAAAAUAUUUUCCGAUAUUACGGUAAAGAUAUCAGAGGGACAGAGAUAAGAUUCUUGAUGAUUAAUUGAUCCGUAUCGAUAAAAUUUAAUCAGUUCGAAUUAAACUUAUUGUUGGGUAAUAUUUACCCGUGAACGAGAUAUGUGCUUGAAAUCAUUGGCAAAACGAGGAAUGCUAAAAUCAGGAUGGGUAAAACUUAAAAUCCAACUAAUCCAAUGAUAAAGAUCGAAACCGUAAAUGAUUACCUAAUUAAUCUACUUUAGCCAGAAACUCGUACUCCCGUUAUCAGAAACACACAAUUUUAGGCAAUACUUUUAUCAUUCCUUUAAUAAGCUGUGUGCGAUGGAUUUGAUAGCAUCAUUAAUUUAUCAUGACAUAUCCUUUCUAUAACACGUAAAUUGCGAUAACACAAGUUUAUAUUAACAAAAGUAGCGUUUGGACUACAUAUAAAUAUGUUGAACAAUGAUAUUUAUGUACAAAGGUUUAAAAUAAAAUAGUCAAAUUACAA